UAUAUGUCGAUUGAUAUAUGUGUGUAUAUGAGCUUCGUAAGGAAAUGAUGGAUAUAAAUAAAUUUUAUGAUUAACAAUCCCGUAACUAUUCUAUAACCAUACGUAAAAACGUUAUAGAUCACAUUAUAGAGCAAGGUUUAAGAUUCAUGAAAGUAUGAAUAUGAUUUUAAUAGACAAUUGUGUUUAGUUACUUAUCUAUAAGCGCAGGCGAGAUUAUAUAAAAAAGGGCAGGGUUCAAACUUGUGAAUUAUUCAAUCGGUUAGUGUAUGCGGAACAACAUCAUUUAUUUCCUAUUUUUCGCGUUGAAGGUUACAUCGAGAAUUGUAAAUAAGGAAACUACAGCUAUCACGAGUUACUACGAGACCACCACUAACGACAGCUUUGUUUUCUUAUUGAGUUCCGACUGCAUAGAAGAUAAUAUUUAUUCGAUAAGAACCACAGAUAGUGCAUUGAAAGGUGAUAUUUCAAGGAAUAUUUUUAAAUCAAUUUACUUUUAGAAAUGUUAUUAAUGUUUCUCAAUAAAUUUUUAGUACAAUACGUGUAGUAGACAAAAAUUUUCAAUUCAAUUAUAAAAAUUAUUAUUUACUUUGUAUUCUUUUAAUUACAAAGAUGACAAAACUUAAAGCAUUACUUGCUUUGCUUUUACUACUGGCCAGAAAUUCAAGGACUCUUCCUCUCGAAGAUGAAAGUUCGAAGGAGAAUGAAAAUAUGGAAGAGGAACUACCCGAAGCUUCAUAUCGUUUAAGUAGCAACGUGGUGCCCAUACAUUAUGAUAUCAAAUUAAUACCGUAUUUGGAGGAGGAUAACUUCACCUUUGAUGGAGAGACAAACAUCCAUCUUAAUCUACGAAAAGUGACCCAGACUUUGGAUUUCCACACUAAAGAAUUAACGUUCGAUGAAACUGAGACGUAUGUAGAAAGGGAAGAUGGUCAGAAAUACAAACCGAUCGAUUUCACGUAUGUCAACGCAACGGAAAUCAUGACGAUGAGUUUCGAGAAAGUUUUGCAAGAAGGUCUGUACACGUUCCAUAUCAAGUUCACGGGUAUUCUCAACGAUAAAUUAUCGGGAUUUUACAGAAGCUCUUACACGAACGAUAAUGGCGAAAGAAUAUGGCUAGCAACAACACAAUUUCAAGCGACGUCCGCUCGACGAGCUUUUCCAUGUUGGGACGAGCCCUCUUUGAAAGCGACGUUCAACGUUUCCAUAAAACAUCAAGCGAACUACACAGCCCUCUCGAAUAUGCCGGCUUACGAGCGAUCGAUGAUAGACGAAAACGAUGGAAAGGUCUGGACACAUUUUCAAAGAACUCCCGUGAUGUCCACUUACAUCCUAGCUUUUGUCGUAUCAGAUUUUGUUAAAAUUUCGAAUGCUGAUGGUACGAUUAAUGUUUGGUCAAGAAAAGACGUCAUUUCUUUGAUCAACUUCGGUUAUGAAUUCGUUCAAAAAGCUGUUGUCCUUCUCGAAGAAUAUACGAACAGUUCGGUGCGCGUACCAAAAAUGGAUCAUGUCCUUAUUCCUGAUUUUCUUCAUGGAGCCAUGGAGAACUGGGGCCUCAUAACUUACUCCGAGGAGAAGUUCCUAUACGAUCCGAAUGAAAAUUCUCUGAUAGAAAAAACUUGGACGGCAAUGAUCAUUAGUCACGAAUUGACGCAUCAGUGGUUCGGUAAUGUUGUCAGUCCUACUUGGUGGGAUCACAUUUGGUUAAAUGAGGGCUUCGCAUCGUUCUUUCAAUAUUAUAUCACCGACAAGAUCUUUCCAAGUUGGAAAUUGAUGCAAUCGUUCGCGUCAAGUAUGCAACAAAAUAGCUUUAGAAUCGACGUGCAUCCCUACGACGACCCCAUCGGUCGGAACGUGAGCAAACCUGAGGAUAUCGAGAAUCAUUUCUCCAGUGUACAAUACAUGAAGACACCAUCAUUAUUGCGUAUGUUGUUGCACAUUGUCACUGACGAAGUUUUUCAUACCAGUCUCAUUAAUUAUCUUCAAAAAUACCAAUAUAGCAACGCUCAACCCGACGACUUAUGGUAUCAAAUUCAAAAUGGUGUAGAUAAGACACCAGAAAUACCACGCGGUAAAUUUCGUGUGAAAGAAAUGAUGGAUACUUGGAUAUAUCAAAGCAGUUAUCCUCUUGUAACAGCAAAAAGAAAUUAUAUCACUGGCGAGGUUACGAUCACUCAAGAAAUUGUUAAACAUCACGUUAGUACCGACAAUGUGACUUCGACUGACGAAAGUGAUAUAAGUAAGCGCAACAGAUGGUGGAUACCUAUAAAUUAUGCAACGAGGACGAAUAAUAACUUUUCGUCUACGCUACCUGUUUACUGGUUGGAUCCAAAGAAUGAUAGCAUUACUAUCAACGGUAUCGAUGCCGAUGAUUGGAUAAUAUUAAACGUACAACAAACUGGACACUAUCGUGUUAAUUAUGAUGACACAAAUUGGAUAAAGUUGGCUGAAUAUCUAAAUUCACCUGACUACGAAAAGAUACACGUUAUUAACCGAGCACAGAUCAUUCAAGAUUCUUAUAACAUGUUGAUUCAGAAGAAGAUAAAUUUAACGACAUUCUUAGAGUUGUCCAAUUAUUUAUCACGCGAAGUGGAUUAUAUCGUAUGGUGUCCAAUAUUCGAUAUAUUUAUUGAAUCUAUAGAAUUUUUAUUAGAAACCACUGAGGGUAGCAAACUUAUUAAGCCAUAUAUUUUGAAUUUAAUGAAUAACAUUAUCGAAAGUGUGGGUUUUGAUUUUGAUGAUGAUGAUGAUUAUAUAACUCGAUUGACAAAAACAAGCGUUAGAAAGUGGGCUUGUCAUUUUGAUCAUAUCGGAUGUAUGAUGAAAGCCAAUACCGAAUUAAUAGCACUUUUGGGGUCUUCUGAGGAAAGCGAUUAUCCGUUUGAUCUGAAACAAUCGGUUUAUUGUUACGGAAUGAAUAAUGCAAACGAAUCUACAUGGAAUAAGUUAUUAGAAAUACACAGGGACGACACUAUGUUGAUUGGACGUUCUUUAGCUUGUAUCAAAAAUAUGUCUAUCAUUGAAAAUUAUUUGAAUAUGAUUAUAGCGGAAAAUUCGUCCUUCACCACGGAAGAUUACUGCGAAAUUUUUGAAUCAUUAUUUUACAAAGGAUCAUAUACGACAGAUUUAAUGACUGAUUUCGUUAUGAAAAAUUGGAACGUAUUUAAUUCUCGUUCAAAUUUACAAACUGCUCUGUCUAAGUUUAUGAUAUUAUCAGCUACGCACAAGAAUAAGUUACAAGAGAUAAAAUCGUUUCUGGAAAAUAAAGAAAAGGAUAUGACGAAAUCUAUAAAGGAAAGAGAAAAAAUUCUUACGAGGUAUGAGCAAAUAUUUAAUGAGUUUCGUGCAUGGCGUAAGAGUAAAGGAAAUAUAAAUUUGACCGAACAGUCUUUCGUUAAUUCCGUAAUUAAUUCUAUCCCAAAUUUAUUAAGAAAACGAUCGAAUAGAAUGUUAAGAAAGUUAAUAAAGUUACUCUUCGUACUUGUUACCAUCGAAGCAUUUUCUUUCCCAUCAGCAAACUAUAAGAAUGAUGCGAUUGAAAAUGAUACGAUCGUUUAUCGAUUACCAGCGCACGUUAUACCGAUACAUUACGACUUGAAAUUGGAAUCGGAUAUUAUGCUGGGUGAUUUUAAUUUUACCGGUGAGACGGACAUUAAAAUCGAGGUUCGAGAGCCUACGAAGUUAAUAGUGCUAAAUUGGAAAAAUCUUAUGAUAAACGAAACGCAGAGUCAUUUGAAAAAGGACAAUGGCGAAUUACUUUCACCGAGGGAGCAUCGUUACGAACCGUAUAGGGAAAUGUUAACAUUCGUUUUUGACAAAAUCAUCGAUCCCGCGGUGUACACUUUACAUUUGGAAUUCUCUGACGUCCUUUCGACAGACUUAUACGGCUUUUACCGAUCCUCUUACAUCAACGAGAACGGCGAUACAACGUGGCUAGCGGUAACUCACUUUCAACCUAUCAGUGCACGUCGUGCUUUUCCCUGCUGGGACGAGCCAGCAUUUAAAACAACUUUUAACAUUUCCCUGAAACAUCACGCCAAUUAUACGGCCCUUUCAAAUAUGCCAGUAUUCGAACGAUCGUUUACUGACGAGAAUAAUGAUAGAGUAUGGACUCGUUUCGAAAGAACUCCGAUCAUGGCAACCAAUAUCUUGGCCUUUGUAAUCUCCGACUUCGAAAAUAUUUCUAUACCCGAGAGGAACAUUACGAUCUGGGCGAGGAAAUCAGUCAUUCCAUCGAUACAUUUUUUACUCGAACUUAUUCAGAAAAUAGAUAAUGAACUGAACAAAUACAUGCCUAACAUUGUAACGGUACCCAAAAUCGAUCAUGUUGCUAUUCCUGAUUAUAACAGUCACGCCACAGAAAAUUGGGGUCUUAUCACGUAUAGAGAAGAAUUACUCGUGUAUAAAGAAAACGAAACUACCAUGGAUCAGAUGGAUAAGAUUCUGAUGUUAAUUGCUCAUGAAUUGGCGCAUCAGUGGUUUGGUAAUCUGGUUGGUCCACGUUGGUGGAAAUACAUGUGGCUGAGCGAGGGUUUUGCUGCGUAUUUUCAAUAUUAUAUAACGGAUAAGGCCUUCAAUGACACACGAAUGAUGGAUAAAUUUCUCUUAGAAGCUAUGCAAGAGAUUGCCUUCCACGUAGAUAAGUGUCCAAAUCAAUCUCCGAUGAAUAACAAUGUUAGCAGCCCUUCUGAUAUUCCUUACAUCUAUUCUAUUAUUACUUAUCGUAAAGCACCGAUUGUUUUACGAAUGUUGUCGCAUUGUAUUUCUGAUGAAAUCUUCAGAGCCGGUCUUCUCAAAUAUAUUUAUGAAAAUAUGUACAAGACUACCGUACCAGACGAUUUGUGGCGAUCCUUGCAAAUUGUUUUGGACCAAUCAAAUGUGCCACACGAGGAUUUCGAAAUAAAAACGAUGAUGGCUACUUGGACAGAACAGGAAGGAUAUCCUACGAUCGUCGUGGAUCGAGAUUACGAUACCGGUACGGUACAAGUGCGACAAUUUAGUAAUAAAUCAUGGAAUGUAUCUAAUGAAGAGUGUUAUAACAAAUGGUGGGUCCCUUUGAAUUUUGCGACCCAAACUAAUCCUAAUUUUUCAUCCACCUUGCCGACACACUGGUUGAAUCCAUCGGAGGACACGAAAACGAUCAAAAGUUUGCCUAAGGAUGGUUGGAUUAUUGUUAAUAUUCAACAAACUGGUUAUUAUCGCGUGCAAUAUGAUCAAGAGAACUGGAAGAGAAUAGCACGCUAUUUAAAUUCCGAUGAUUACAAAAAUAUACAUGUUUUAAAUCGCAUUCAAAUAAUCGACGAUGCGUAUAACAGCGUAAUGGCAAAGGAUAUGCCUAUCUCUAUCUUUAGAAUGAUAAUAAAUUAUCUGUCGCAAGAAACCGAUCCAAUAGUAUGGAGAGUUGCGUUUCGAUUAUUUUCAAAGAUUGAUUAUUUCAUUCAGACUCCUAGGACUGCUGCUAUUCUCAAGCCGUAUUUACAACAUCUUCUUAAUGAUAAAUUAAAAGAUAUGGAUUACAAUGAUAAUCCAGAAGAAGAUUCUUGGACGAAAAGAAUGAAACAGAUUAUUAAAUACAUCGCUUGUAAAGUCGACAUUCCUGAAUGUUACGGAAAUGCCACAGCUCAAUUAGUUGAAUAUCUUGAAAAGCCAAAAUCGAUAAUUAUACCACCAGAUUCACAACAUUGGGUCUUCUGUUAUGGAUUACGAAAUGCGAACGAGUCUAUAUGGAAUGGAGUUUUAAAUAAUUACGUGAAAGAUCGAAAAACACAAUUGUUAAUAUAUCUCACGUGCUCGGAGAACCGGACUAUUCUAGAAAACUACUUGGUUAUGAUCUUUUCUGAAGAUUCUCCGAUUUCUAAGUAUGAUAUCGAAGUUGUAUUACACCAAAUGAUGGUAACAUCGGAGAUCAGCCUCGAUACACUGGUGGAUUUCAUUAGCAAGAAUUCAAAUGAAAUAUCUUCUAAAUUGGAUAGAAUAGAUGAUAUUCUUGAUUCUAUUUCAUAUAGAAUUACUACGAGAGAACAACUGAAAAAGAUGAUAGCUAUAUUUGCAUCUAAAGGGAAGUCACUGAACGAAAUGAUAUAUUAUCUUGAAACGAAGUUGACCCACAUUGACGACAUUAUACCAAUUUUGCAAGAGUUCGCUCAAACUGCAGCCAAUUAAUGUAAAGUGAUCUUACGACAAAUAAAUCCAUCGAAUAUCUAUCUACCUCAA